AGGUAUUAUCUUGCUAUUGGCUGAUCGUGGGAAGAAAUCAUGUCACUGGACGGCAAAGACAGUGGCCAGCCACUGGUUAAAAUAGGCCAUUAUAUUUUGGGCGAAACGUUGGGGGUGGGAACAUUCGGAAAGGUGAAAAUCGGUACCCAUCAGGUCACCGGACACAAGGUCGCGAUUAAAAUAUUGAAUCGGCAGAAAAUCAAGAAUUUAGAUGUUGUCGUGAAGAUCCGCAGAGAAAUCCAAAAUAUGAAGCUCUUCCGUCAUCCACAUAUUAUCAAACUUUACCAGGUUAUCAGCACGCCUUCUGAUAUCUUCAUGGUGAUGGAAUAUGUAUCUGGUGGGGAGCUCUUCGAUUACAUCGUGAAGCACGGUCGCUUGAAGGAACAUGAAGCACGUAGAUUUUUCCAGCAGAUAAUAUCUGGCGUCGACUACUGCCAUCGGCACAUGAUAGUUCACCGCGACUUGAAGCCAGAAAAUCUGUUGCUAGAUUCUAACCUACACGUGAAGAUAGCUGAUUUUGGUCUAUCGAACAUGAUGCUUGAUGGCGAAUUCCUGCGGACAUCUUGCGGCUCCCCAAAUUACGCUGCGCCUGAAGUAAUUUCUGGGAAGCUGUAUGCGGGUCCGGAAGUGGAUAUCUGGUCAUGUGGAGUAAUUUUGUAUGCGUUGCUGUGCGGCACGUUGCCUUUUGACGACGAACACGUACCCACGCUGUUCCGGAAGAUCAAGUCUGGAAUUUUCCCGAUUCCCGAUUAUUUGAACAAACCUGUGACAAGUCUUCUAUGUCACAUGAUGCAAGUAGACCCCUUGAAACGUGCGACAAUCGACGACAUCAAAAAACACGAAUGGUUUUCCAAGGAACUCCCGUCUUACUUGUUCCCUGCUCCUACUGAACAGGUAGCAGAAAUGGUGAAACUUUUGCUCCUUCUCAAGCAUGUGUUUUGUCACUUAACAUUCUUGAACCUCUGUGCAUAUUUUCUUUUUGGUUUUCAGCAAGAUUCGUCUAUCAUCGACACGGAUGUAGUACAUGAAGUUUGUGAAAAGUUUCAAGUCUCCGAACAGGAGGUUCAUGCUGCGCUGCUGAGUGGCGAUGUGCACGACCAGUUGUCCAUUGCUUAUCACCUGGUCUUGGACAACAAAAAAUUUGAAGAACUGUCGAUGUUCUCUGUACAAGACUUCUAUCACGGUCCGUCGGGUUCUGAAGGAGGCAAGCUGGAUAAGAUUCAUCCGGAACGCAUUGCGCCGAAUGUGGAUCGCCACAGCGCAACCCCUGAUAGCCACGGAAAGGAUGAUCCCCCUGGAGAUGUCGGAUCUUCAAAGAAAGCCCCUGCUUACCAAGCCAAACGUGCUAAAUGGCAUCUUGGCAUUCGCAGCCAGAGCAAACCGCAUGAUAUUAUGCAUGAAGUGUACAGAGCUAUGAAGGCGCUUCAUCUUGAAUGGAAGACCGUGAACCCCUUUCAAGUGAGAGUUCGUCGGAAGAACCCCGUGUCCGGACAGUACUCGAAGAUGAUGCUGCAACUGUACCAAGUUGAUUUCAAAUCCUAUCUAUUGGAUUUCAAGAGUCUUCCAGGGAGGGCUGAUGAUUCAAGCACUUUGGACUUGAGCUUGGAAGCUCAGUCCCCAACGGUGUCAGUGUCUGAACCGAAUAUUGGCUCGAGUUCUUCUGCAGGAUCCGAGCCUGGGGCCCAUCAUACUAUGGAGUUUUUUGAGAUGUGCGCAGCGCUUAUAACGCAACUGGCGCGCUGAAGAUUCAUUCAGUCGUUUGAAAUAAUUGACAUAAGAUCCCGUCGUAUCCUAUUCUAAUCUGGCUCAUUUGCUAGUUGGAAGACGUUGCAUGCUAGUUUUUAAGCAUUCGAAGGAGUCAUUUUGUGGGGGGCUGCUCUACUGGCAUCGUCAAAUUUCGCUUGGCACCUGAAAUGCGCCCAAUUUCGAGUAAAUUCAUGAAACAAGGGAUAGAUAGUGAGUCUUCUACGAUACAAUUUUUUUUACGACACCCUGUUGUCAGAAAUUAAAAAAAAACGAAGGAGCUGCAGUUUUUCCGGUUUAGAGAAUAGCGCAGUUGUCGCUGCACGAUGAGCUUGCGGAUUUGAAUGUGCGUUAUUUCAAGGAGUGUUCGUUUUAUGGGCUUGUCUGUUCUGGAGACUGCAGAAGCAAAAGCUUGAAUGUGUCCGACGUUUCUCUCCCUUAUACCAGGUUUGCGAGAAGGUGCAUAUGUCGAGGCAUUGAUUGAAUGUGAGCCAUUUUGAGCAGUUGGGUUAUUUUUGUCACUAGAAUUUUCAUUGCUAACCAAGGUGCGUGAUUUUUUUCCUGAGGGAGAGUUUUUUUUUUUCUUUAGAAUGAAGGUGAAGUUGAGGUGAUCUGAGUGCAAUGCCCUGUGUGCCGAAUGUACGAAAAUAUCUCUACUCGACAACGGAUACAUCCAUCACUUUUUUGAAAGCUUCAAC